AUGAGAUGGCCGCCAUGGAGUUCCAAGUCACCCAAUGACGACACACAACAAAACACCAGCUCCGCAAGCUCAUCCUCCACGUCCACAUCCACACCCCAGUCUCCAAAGAACCCUCUCGACUGGUCGGCUUUCAUAGAGCUCAGAACUCUCAUUCCUACCGUCCUACUUACGACCGGUAUCCUGCUCGGUGUUCGUCUUCACCGUAGCUACCUCCGUCGAGUCCCCGACGCGCCUAGCAUCUCAACCUCCUGGCUCCGUCGUCGCAGCGUAUUUGGGAAGGUGACCAGCGUCGGCGAUGGCGAUAAUUUCAGAAUUUAUCAUACACCCGGUGGAAGGUUAGCUGGUUGGGGCUGGUUACCAUGGAAGAAGGUUCCAACUACGAAGAAAGAGCUGAAGGAUAAAACGAUUCAUAUCCGUUUAGCUGGUGUAGACGCUCCCGAGCUGGCGCAUUUCGGUCGUCCUGAACAACCUUUCGCCCGAGAGGCUCACACCUGGCUCACAUCAUACCUAACCAAUCGGCGGAUUCGCGCAUCUGUUCAUCGACAUGAUCAGUAUAAUCGUGUCGUCGCGAGUGUUUCCGUACGACGUGCAUUUGAUUUCCCGCCAUUUCGACGACGAGAUGUUUCAUAUGAGAUGUUGAAACGCGGACUUGCAACUGUGUAUGAGGCGAAGGUUGGUGCUGAGUUUGGGGGUGAGGCUAUGGAAAAGAAGUAUCGACGGGCAGAAUGGUGGGCUAAGAAGAGAUCUAAAGGCCUAUGGAAAGACUACAAGCGCAUUGGGUCUGAUUGGGAGAGUCCCAGAGAGUAUAAGACUCGCAUGGGAAUGGGAGAUCUGGGGGAUAAGAGUCCUACUUCGGGAAAGACGAAAUAA